AUGAAAGCCACUCCUCUCAUCAUCAAUUGGCACGACCAAAAUGCCCCCGUUUACUCGGCUCACUUCGAGCCCGGUGCUAGAGGGCGCCUAGCAACUGCGGGUGGUGAUAACCACGUCAGAAUCUGGAAGGUUCAAUCCGAUGGCGAGGACCGCAAGGUCGAGUAUCUUUCAACCUUAUCCAAACAUAACCAGGCCGUCAAUGUAGUCCGCUGGGCUCCCAAAGGUGAACUCCUCGCCUCCGCCGGCGAUGAUGGCAACGUUAUCCUCUGGGUUCCCAGCGAGACCCCCCAAUCCAACUUCGGUUCCGAAGGUCAAGAAGACAAAGAGUCAUGGAGGGCCAAGCAUAUGUGUCGGUCUAGCGGUGCAGAGAUCUAUGACUUGGCAUGGUCUCCCGAUGGUGCUCACUUCAUCAUUGGUAGCAUGGACAACAUUGCUCGCAUCUACAAUGCUCACUCAGGAACGCUGGUUCGCCAAAUCGCCGAGCACUGUCACUACGUUCAGGGCGUUACUUGGGAUCCCUUGAACGAGUAUAUCGCGACACAAUCAUCCGACCGAUCGGUUCACGUCUAUUCCUUAAAGACAAAAGACGGCCAAUACACCCUCAGCCAAGACGAUAAGCCUCCUCGCCUCGCCAGCCACAUCAAAGCCGAUCUGCCCCCACGACGCAUCUCCUCCAGCAGCCCUGCUCCUCCAGAUUUUGGCCAUCGCUCCCAACUCUCUGUCUUAGACUCGGGCACCUCGGCAGGCUCCCCAGUGCCGUCCGCACCUGGGACGCCAACCUCAUUUCCACUUCCCAUGAAUCCACCGAGCGUCGUGAGCCACAGUCGCCGAUCCUCCUUCUCCUCUCGCCGCUCCGUCUCUCCAGCGCCGUCCAUGCCGUUGCCAGCCGUCAUGCCUAUGGAGCCCUCGCCAAAGCCCCCCGUUAUCAGCACAGGGCUAGGCGUGAAGAACGCCAAUCUUUACGCCAACGAGACUCUGACUUCUUUCUUCCGGCGACUCACCUUUACCCCAGAUGGCUGCCUGCUCUUGACACCUUCUGGGCAAUAUCAAAACCAACACCCGGCUGAAAAGGAUGCGAAGCCUAGCUACGAGAUCAUCAAUACCGUUUAUAUCUAUACCCGUGGCGGUAUCAACAAACCCCCGAUCGCCCAUCUUCCAGGCCACAAGAAACCAUCCGUGGUGGUCAAGUGCUCGCCUAUAUUCUACGCUUUGCGUCAGUCGCCGCCUACAACUCGAAAUAUCACCAUCGACACGUCUUCCGCUGAGGAUCCUAUCCCGUCCCUGCCGGAACCCCUCUCAAAACAGUCCCCUGCCUCCUCGGUCAUGGACCCGCCCCCUCCACCCGCAGCUCCGUCCACCCCGGCGGAAUCUACUUCUGUCUCAUCCAAGGGUGCGAGCGUAGAGACAGGCGCAUCCACACCAGGCCCAAAGCCGGCGUUCUCGUUGCCAUAUCGAAUGGUGUACGCAGUUGCGACCCAAGAUUCGGUCCUACUCUACGAUACUCAGCAGAAGACCCCCAUUUGUGUUGUGAGCAACCUCCACUGCGCAACAUUCACCGAUCUUGCUUGGUCGAGUGAUGGCCUGACCCUAAUGAUUUCAUCGUCUGAUGGGUUCUGCUCCACACUUUCUUUCUCGCCUGGUGAGCUAGGUGAAGUUUACAAGGGCGAAAUUCCCCGGCCCAAGACACAGGCCGGAACCGCAACUUCAUUGUCGGCUCAAAACACCCCAAUUCCCACUCCGACAACUAGUUUUGCCCCUCCGUCACCAUUCCCGAACGGCUCGCAUCACCAGCAUCGCAACUCAGCGAGCUCCUUUACAGCCCCUUCGCCGCCUCCUUCGGCCUCCCUCACCUCCCAGCGCCCUUCAUCCCCAACACGCUCAAAUUCAACGUCUUCGAUUGCCACAAUUACGACCCAAUCCAGUUCGGUUCCAACUGGUGUCAUCAGUAAUCCUACUUUGAUCUCUGGCAACGUCCCUGGCAUUGCUGCCGCCAGCUCUGGCAAGGUGACUGGGAUGCCGAUGACGACGCCUCCAGAGACACCUAAGAGCACCUCCGGCAGUAUUGCCGGAACCAAGAGAGAUGCAAGCGAAAGUGAGAAGGAGGAUGUGAAGGAGCCCAAGAAGAGGCGUAUUGCGCCAACACCCGUUGAUUCCAAGACUUAA